AUGUACUUGGUGGACGCUGUCUCAACUCCACACGCUAGCUGCCCGUCCCUGUCCGUGCGUCCUCCUGUCCCCGACGUGCGGGACCCCAUCAGCAUGACAAAGCACCGGCCGGGGCACAGCCUCAUGGCACCACCCGCCCAGGGAGACCACCUCAACUUCAGCCGUUGUCCCCCCAGCCACGUAGCACGGAUCCCUCCGAGCCGGCGUUGGAGCCCGAUGGUCCCCCAGCAGCCGCCACCGAGCUUCCAGAGGGCCGCUGUUGUGCACCCGCAGGAGCGCCUCGGCGGAGUCUUCAUGGAUACACCGCAGAAUGCGCACCAAGCCAAUCCCGAUCAAGACGCUCGGCCCCGGGGUGCGUGGAGUGAUGACCGGGAGACGACCGGUGGUAGAGGUGGGAAGAAAAAAAACUACCAGCGGUACCCCAAACCACCAUAUUCAUACCUGGCAAUGAUCGCCAUGGUGAUUCAAAGGUCUCCGGAGAAGAAGCUGACUUUAUCGGAGAUUCUGAAGGAGAUCAGCACCCUCUUUCCGUUCUUCAAGGGGAACUACAAAGGCUGGAGGGAUUCAGUGCGACACAACCUUUCUUCCUACGACUGUUUUGUGAAGGUGUUAAAGGAUCCCAGCAAGCCCCAAGGCAAAGGUAACUUCUGGGCCGUGGACCUGAGCCGCGUCCCCCUGGAGCUCCUCAAGAGGCAGAACACGGCGGUGUCACGCCAGGAUGAGACUAUCUUCGCUCAGGAUCUGGCCCCUUACAUCAUUCAGGGAUACAAGCCGGAAUGUGAGCCGCCACCCCCGGCGCCACCCAACCCCAUGACCGCUUUCCCUCCCUCCAGGAACCUCUCCCCACCCCAAGAGGACUUAUUCCGACCCAAGCUGGACUCGUCCUUCGCCAUCGACUCUUUGCUCCACAGCUUCCGCCCCGGCAGUGGCUCGGGGGAGGGGGACGUGGGUUUGAGAGACUGCUGGGUGGAGGCGGAGCGCCCCAGGCUGUCGCCUACUCCCCGGCCCCGCUACGCCUCCUCGGCCCGCAGUGCUUCUGCCAGCUCGGCUAGCCCCGCCUCCACGUCGUCCUCUUCCUCUGAAGAAGAAUCCCUACAUGGAAAGCGCCUCCCGCCCGAUGGUGAGGCCGGGUCAGACGGUUACACGGACUACAAACCACCACACAAAUCAGCACGGCGGGAUGCGGUCGCCCCCCCAUGGGAGCUACCCACCUCCUACGCCAAAUACGCCCCUCCCAAUGCCGUCGCCCCACCCAGCAUGCGCUUCAACGGGGGGCCUCUGAUGCCCCUACACGCUGGACUCCCCCUUUACGGCUACGGCAGCUCGCAUGUGUCGCCGGGUCACUUUCUGGGCCACGCUUACUGGCCCAUCCUCCCCAGUGGGCGGGUGUCUGUCCAAGCCCCUCCCCUCAUUAUGGACUUGGACAAUAUGCUGCAGUCUGUGCCGCCAAAUAAGAGCGUGUUUGACGUGCUCAUGCCAGCCAAUCAGAACUCGCAUCACCAGCCGCCCAAUCAGUACACCCUGCAGAACGGGGCGCCCCUGAACCGGUACCCUCAGUACUGA